AUGACUCCCCAUAGAGUCCAGAAGAUCGAGUUGGAGGCACGCCAGAUGAUCGUUUCGUUGUACAGCUUGAUCACCUGUGCUGGCAAGUCGCUUUCCUUGAGGUUGACGACGGAGGACGAGCGCUGUUUCAAAAAGUUCGGUGUCAUGGCCACGCCGGAACCUCCGUGCUGUGGAACCAGCAUUGGUGUCUGCGAUCCAGGCACAUCCGUGACCAGCGGAACGGUGUCGGCGGUGGAGAUCGACAGAGAUGAGGCUUUCUUAAUCAGCGACUCGUCAAGUGCCAUUGAGUCCACGUCCGAGUCGUCCUCCUCUAUAGACGGCUGGUCGUACUUGUUGUAG